CGGAAUCGAUAUCCAUUGUUAUCGUGUUAUCGGAGCUUCACAUGUUUUGCGGCGUGUGUUGAAAUUGUUUGUAAAAAAUAGACAAUAAACGCGAAUUGAGGCAUGGAUAUAGACGAGCUGUUCGACUGCUUCGACGAAGUGGCGCCGGAGGUGCCGCCACCGGUGAUCAACCUGGAUGAGGAGCCCUCGGGGAGCGAAGGUGCCAAAAAGGCAAGCAAAAGGCAGGCGCAGACUAAGAAUGCAGCGAAAUCCUCUAAAGAAGUCGAGCAGGAGGGUCAGGAAGAGGAGCCCACCAAGCGCCUGAGAAAGGAUGAGUCGGAGGAUGUGGUGGUUGCGGAGGCGGAGGAGGAGGAAGAUGAGGACGAGGAACCCACUCGCACCCUCGAUGUGGAUGAUUCCGCCGCCUUGGAGGCCCUGCGCACCCGGAUUGUGACCCACCUGCUGGACGCACCGAAGUCCUGCACGCACGAGGUGGCCGCCCAUCCCGACCAGGAGUACAUACCCCUGCAGCCGUUCAGCGGCGUUCCCAGCAAGGAGUACCCCUUCGUGCUCGAUCCCUUCCAGCGCCAGGCCAUCCUGUGCAUCGACAACAGCCAGAGUGUCCUGGUCUCGGCCCACACGUCGGCGGGCAAGACCGUGGUGGCGGAGUACGCCAUUGCCAAGUCGCUGGCCGCCAAGCAGCGCGUCAUCUACACCACGCCCAUCAAGGCGCUGUCCAACCAGAAGUUCCGCGAGUUCACCGACGAGUUCAAGGACGUGGGCCUGGUCACCGGCGAUGUGACCAUCAAUCCCUCGGCCUCCUGCCUGAUCAUGACCACGGAGAUCCUGCGGAACAUGCUGUACCGCGGCAGUGAGAUCAUGCGCGAGGUGGGCUGGGUGAUCUUCGACGAGAUCCACUACAUGCGCGACAAGGAGCGCGGCGUCGUCUGGGAGGAGACGCUCAUCCUGCUGCCGGACAACGUGCGCUACGUCUUCCUCUCGGCCACCAUUCCCAAUGCCCGGCAGUUCGCCGAGUGGGUCUGCCACCUACACAAGCAGCCGUGUCACGUGGUCUACACCGACUACCGGCCCACGCCGCUCCAGCACUACAUCUUCCCGGCCGGCGGCGAUGGCAUCCACCUCAUCGUCGACGAGAAGGGGCAGUUCAAGGAGGACAACUUCACCACCGCAAUGGCUGUGCUGGCUAAUGCGGGUGAGGCUGGCAAGGGCGAUCAAAAGGGACGCAAUGGCGGCAUCAAGGGCCACAAUGCCGGACAGACGAACAUCUUUAAGAUCGUCAAGAUGAUCAUGGAGCGCAACUUUGCGCCGGUCAUCAUAUUCUCGUUCAGCAAGAAGGACUGCGAGGUCUAUGCCAUGCAGAUGGCCAAGCUGGACUUCAAUACGCCGGAUGAGAAGAAGCUGGUGGACGAGGUCUUCAACAAUGCCAUGGAUGUGCUCUCGGAGGAGGACCGCCGCCUGCCGCAGGUGGAGAACGUGCUGCCCUUGCUGCGCCGCGGCAUUGGCAUCCAUCAUGGCGGUCUGCUGCCCAUCCUCAAGGAGACCAUCGAGAUCCUCUUCGGCGAGGGUCUGAUCAAGGCCCUGUUCGCCACCGAAACCUUUGCCAUGGGCCUCAACAUGCCGGCCAGGACGGUGCUGUUUACGGCACCGCGAAAGUUUGACGGCAAGGACUUCCGGUGGAUCAGCUCCGGCGAGUACAUCCAGAUGGCGGGACGCGCCGGCCGUCGCGGAUUGGAUGACAAGGGCAUCGUCAUCCUGAUGAUCGACGAGAAGGUGUCGCCGGCCGUGGGCCGCGACAUUGUGCAGGGCAAGGCGGAUCCGAUCAACUCGGCCUUCCAUCUCACCUACAACAUGGUGCUGAACCUGCUGCGCGUGGAGGAGAUCAAUCCGGAGUACAUGCUGGAGCGCAGCUUCUACCAGUUCCAGAACCAGGCCGCUCUGCCCGGCCUGCAUGAUCAGGUGGAGCAAAAGACCCUAGAGCUGAAUAAGCUGAGCAUCAAGGAUGAGCACAACAUCGCCUCCUACCACCACAUACGCUCCCAGCUGGAUCACCAUGGCAAGGAGUUCCGCCAGUGGCUAACGAAGCCGCAGUAUCUGCUGCCCUUCUUGCAGCCGGGCCGCCUGGUCAAGGUGUCCGCCGGCUCGCAGGAGUACGACUGGGGCAUCGUGCUGAACUUCAAGAAGCAGGACCAGAGCCGCAAGAAUCCGCUGAAGUGCGAGCCCAGCGUCACCAUCGAUGUGCUGCUGCACGUGAGCGAGGCGGCGGCCAAGACCGGCGACACGGAGCCCUGUCGCCCCAACGAACGGGGCUGCAUGGAGGUGGUGCCCGUGGCGCACACGCUCAUCACCCAGAUCAGCUCGAUCCGUGUGUACUUCCCCAACGAUCUGCGCAGCGCGGACAAUCGGAGGGCCGUGCUAAAGACCAUCCAGGAGGCCAAGAAGCGAUUCCCCCUGGGGCCGCCGGUCCUCAAUCCCAUCGACGACAUGAACAUCAAGGAGAAGGAGUUCCGCACCAUUGUGGACACCAUCAGCCAGUUUGAGGCGCGCCUGGAGGAGCAUCCGCUGCACAAGUCGCCGGAGCUGGAGCACAUCCACCGGCGCUACCAGGACAAGGUGCAGCUGCAGAAGGAGCUGCAAGACCUGAAGGCCGAGCUGAAGGCCGCGCGCAGUCUGCUGCAGAUGGAGGAGCUGAAGCACCGCAAGCGCGUGCUCCGCCGCAUGGGCUACUGCAAGCCGGGCGACGUCAUCGAGUUCAAGGGUCGCGUGGCCUGCGAACUGAGCUCGGCGGACGAGCUGCUAAUGACCGAGAUGAUUUUCAACGGGGUGUUCAACGACUUGACCGCUCCGCAAGCGGUGUCGCUGCUCUCCUGCUUCGUGUGCGACGAGAAGUCCAGUGAGUCGCCGAAAAGCGCGACGGAGCUGUCGGGACCACUGCGCUCCAUGCAGGAUCUGGCACGGCGCAUCGCCAAGGUCUCCACCGAGUGCAAGCUGGAUCUGGACGCCGACUCGUAUGUGGACAAGUUCAAGCCCUUCCUCAUGGACGUGGUGCUGGCCUGGUGCAAGGGCUCCAGCUUCCUGGCCGUCUGCAAGAUGACCGACAUCUUCGAGGGCUCCAUCAUUCGGUGCAUGCGCCGCCUGGAGGAGCUGCUGCGCCAGAUGUGCCAGGCCUCCAAGACGAUCGGCAACACGGACCUGGAGAACAAGUUCUCCGAGGGCAUUCGGCUGCUCAAGCGCGACAUUGUCUUUGCCGCCUCGUUGUAUCUGUAAGACUUUAGGAAAAGCUAUUUUAAGGCAUUGUUUCCCGUUCCAAUUAGGUUUUUGGAGUCGAUUUUGGCUUGAUUUCUGCAAAAAAAGUAGUAUUUUUCGGAAACGAAAAGCUUAAAAGGGUUUCGUGUAUCUUAGGAUUUGAAAAACUUGAAACUAAUCUUAGGUUAAGACAGUUCAAGUACGGAACCGACAUCCUUUGUAUAUUUUCAAUGAUUAUAUGACAACAGAAGUGAAUAAAAGCAAUCAUACCUUGAUAAUUAAGAAUGUAUGAUGUAUAUUUGUUUUAUUUCUGCGUAAGUUUCACGAAUAACUCUGGAUGGUUAUUAGAUAUUGCAAAGCAGACGAUAAUAUAUUCAUAACCAGAUAUUUGAUUAAUAAAACAAACAAAAGCACUUCACAAAACAACAUAAAGUAAAUUAAUAAUAUUUUAUUUCGGGACAGAUACAUUAAACUAAACUAGAGUAAAUAAAAACAUAUAAAGUGUUAAUA